CGUUGCCCGCAGACGAAGAAAUCACCUCCCGGGACGCACGAGCUCUCCCGCGCGAGGCAUGUGUUCGUUUUAGAGUGUCCGUUCUAUCUUUUUUUUUAGUUUUUUUUUACCUCGGUUUUCUCCUCAUCAGUGAUUAGCGCGGCGAUCGAAUCAUGUGGAAGCUGCUGUGGGCGGCCUUUCUGGUGGCCGUGCUCUCCACGUGUCAUGCGAACGCGAGUCGUGACAGAAGUAAACGUGCCAUAGAGAACAGCCCUCAAUUCCAGGGUUAUGUCUAUGAGCCACCGUCGAAACCUUUUACUCUACCCACUUUUACUCCACCGGGCUCGGGGUCACGGACGAGUAUAGUGACAGUCAGGCCACCCACGGUGACCACUGGAUAUACUUACACUAUUCCAAAGAUUCCGUUGACAACGCCGACACCUAGGAGGACACCACCCCCUGUGACGGAUGGAUAUAGUUAUACAACCCCUAAAAUUCCGUUCCCGACACCAAGCAAACCAACUCCGACGCAACCACCUCGAACACCACCUCCCGUAACAGAUGGAUAUUCUUAUACAUCCCCAAAAACUACAUUUACACUGCCACCAAGGACAACGCCGACACCUAGGAGGACAACGCCGACAUCAAGAAGGACAACGUCGACACCUAGGAGGACAACGCCGACACCUAGGAGGACAACGCCGACACCUAGGAGGACACCACCCCCUGUGACGGAUGGAUAUACUUAUACAACCCCUAAAAUUCCGUUCCCGACACCAAGCAAACCAACUCCGACGCAACCACUUCGAACACCACCUCCUGUAACAGAUGGAUAUUAUUAUACACCCCCAAAAACUACAUUUACAUUGCCACCGAGGAUUACAUCACCAAGGAUUACUCCACCACCACGAACUACGCCAAAAGAUGACAGAUACACUUACUUAACCCCAGACGAUUCGUUUACACUGCCAACGAGAGUGCCAACGCCAACGCAACCACCAAGAACGCCGACUCCGAGUACAGGAGGAUAUGUCUAUGAAACACCGAAAACAACUUUUACGUUCCCACCUAUUAUAAGAACACCGCCGCCAACGCCACCUCCAACACAACCACCUAAAACAGCACCACCAUAUAUUCCUCCACCACCCCAGCCUCCUAGAACUCCACUGCCACCUCCACCUCAGCCUCCAACACGACCUCCCUAUGUACCUCCACCCCCUCUACCUCCUACAAAACCGCCUUACGUACCUCCGCCUCCUCAACCCCCAACUCGACCUCCCUAUGUACCUCCACCUCCUCAACCUCCAACUCGACCUCCCUAUGUACCUCCGCCUCCUCAACCCCCAACUCGACCUCCCUAUGUACCUCCACCUCCUCAACCCCCUACAAGGCCGCCUUACGUACCUCCGCCUCCUCAACCUCCAACUCGACCUCCCUAUGUACCUCCACCUCCUCAACCUCCAACUCGACCUCCCUAUGUACCUCCGCCUCCUCAACCCCCAACUCGACCUCCCUAUGUGCCUCCACCUCCUCAACCUCCAACUCGACCAACCUAUGUAUCUCCGCCUCCUCAACCUCCAACUCGACCUCCCUAUGUACCUCCACCUCCUCAACCUCCAACUCGACCUCCCUAUGUACCUCCGCCUCCUCAACCCCCAACUCGACCUCCCUAUGUACCUCCACCUCCUCAACCUCCAACUCGACCUCCUUAUGUACCUCCGCGAACAUCUCCGCCAACUUAUCUACCGCCGGAUUAUAGUACACGAUCACCCGGCACAACGCGACUCACCACGAGAUAUAUACCUCCUGUGACAACUCCACGACCCAUACCGCCUACAACAACUACACGACCGACUACGAGAUACAUACCGCCUGUAACGGUUCGCACCACCAGGUACACACCGUCCACGCAGCCACCUAGCUACCUUCCGCCGCACACUACUCGAGCCACCACGAGAUAUAUACCCCCGGUGACAACCACACGACCUACCACGAGAUAUAUACCUCCGGUGACAACCACACGACCUACCACAAGAUAUAUACCACCGGUAACAACCUCGCGAUACACCACUAUAUAUACUCCUCCCGUAACUGAACGUACCACGAGAUAUACGCAGCGAACGACCCAGCCAGCGACAUAUCUCCCACCUCGUACACCAACCACCAGGUACACGACACCAACCACCAGGUACACGACACCAACCACCAGGUACACGACACCAACCACCAGGUACACGACACCAACAACAACCAGAUACACGACACCUUCAACCACCAGGUACACGACACCCUCAACAACCAGAUACACGACACCCUCAACCACCAGGUCGUCCACGCAAGCUUCCUCUUAUGUACCACCUUUCUCCACCCCGCCCACGUAUCUACCGCCAAAGACUACCACCCCUCCUCCGACAGAACCGAAAACCCGACCUUCUCCUUAUCUUCCACCGUCAACUCCGAGACCGAUUUACCCUACGGUGACGGCACCACCGCCACCUUCGCCCAUUUACACCAUCACUCCCAGCACUCCCACCCUACCGCCACCGACAGGAAGUCCAGCACCGCCCCCGACCUUGCCACCUACGACACCGAGGACCACCUUAGGUUACUACUACCCGAUCCCCGACAUUCCCUUCGAGGAAGGAAAGCGAUGAGUAUUCGGUGACAAAUAUGACCCGUCUUACCGACCAACGACAUCGCUGAAAUAUUAGUAUAUGUAAUAUGUAAUAUUAGUGAGGAUUAUUAUUUAAGGAUUGACGGCGAGCGCUCGUCGGACGCUUAGAGUAUCGCCUUUUUUGUAUGUAUCGACCGAUUUUCAUCAUACGUCACGAAAACUUACAACGACGCGAGCGUUCCUUUACACGUAUAUAACGAAUGUCAAAAAGAAUAAAAGUUUUUAGAAAAAUAA